AUGGCUGCCAUGCAGAUGGAUCCUGAGCUUGCCAAGCGCCUCUUCUUUGAAGGGGCCACUGUGGUCAUCCUGAAUAUGCCCAAGGGGACAGAGUUUGGCAUCGACUACAACUCCUGGGAGGUGGGGCCCAAGUUCCGGGGCGUGAAGAUGAUCCCACCAGGCAUCCACUUCCUCCACUAUAGCUCUGUGGACAAGGCCAAUCCCAGGGAGGUGGGGCCUCGUAUGGGCUUUUUCCUUAGCCUGCAGCAGCGGGGGCUGAUGGUCCUGCGCUGGAAUGCAAUUCGAGAAGAGGUAGACCUGUCCCCAGCCCCAGAGGCUGAGGUGGAGGCCAUGAGGGCCAACCUCCAGGAGCUGGACCAAUUCCUGGGACCUUACCCAUAUGCCACACUCAAGAAGUGGAUCUCACUCACCAACUUCAUCAGUGAGGCCACAAUGGAGAAGCUGCAGCCUGAGAGCCGACAGAUCUGUGCCUUCUCAGAGGUGCUUCCUGUGCUGUCCAUGAAGCACACUAAGGACCGGAUAAAGCAGAAUCUACCUCGCUGCGGCACUGAGUGCAAAAGCUACCAGGAGGGCCUGGCCCGGCUGCCAGAGAUGAAGCCCAGAGCCGGCACGGAGAUCCGCUUCUCAGAGCUGCCCACACAGACAUACCCGGCAGGUGCCACACCAGCAGAGAUAACCAGGCACAGCAUGGACUUGAGUUAUGCCUUGGAGACUGUGCUCAGCAAGCAAUUCCCCAGCAGCCCCCAGGAUGUGCUAGGUGAACUCCAGUUUGCAUUUGUAUGCUUCCUCUUGGGGAAUGUGUAUGAGGCAUUUGAGCACUGGAAGCGGCUCCUUAAUCUCCUGUGCCGGUCCGAAGAAGCCAUGGUGAAGCACCACACCCUCUACAUCAACCUCAUCUCCAUCCUGUACCACCAGCUCGGCGAGAUCCCCGCUGACUUCUUUGUGGACAUUGUCUCCCAGAACAACUUCCUCACCAGCACCUUACAGGUUUUCUUUUCCUCCGCCUGCAGCGUUGCCGUGGAUGCCACCCUGAGGCAGAAAGCUGAAAAGUUCCAAGCUCACCUGACCAAGAAGUUUCGGUGGGACUUUGAGGCAGAGCCAGAGGACUGUGCCCCAGUGGUGGUGGAGCUCCCUGAGGGUGUGGAGACUGGCUAA